AUUAAGUGAUAACAAAGCAAUUAUUAUUUGAAAAUUUUUAAAGGAAUAAAUGCUACAUCUAUUUGAAGAAUUGUGGGAAUAUCUAUUGAUAUAAAUUGUGUUGAAACACGGCAAAAACAUUAAAAAUGUAGGGUAAUCAUACUCAUGUUGCUGGCGCCUAAACAUUUUUCUGUCAACAUUUCCAAACACGAACCGAGUUCGAAUUGCGGUCCGAAAAGAUUCGCAUCAAGUAUGGACGCAUACACAUAUAUGUAGGAACAUUCAAAAAGGGAAUUUACCGAUAUUUUGUCGUACUGCGUAAUUUUAGUUUUUAUUAAUUUUAUUUAUUGUUAAGUUUUAUUUGUCUUGUUUAAAAUGUCCAGUGUUUGUACAGUUAAAGAAUUGCAACAGGAUUUUGCAUUGAGCAGUGGCUUGAGAUCUGAAAUAAUUUGGGACAUACUAUCUCCUGAUCAGGCUGUUAUAUUAAAACAGAAGUUAAUCCAAUUGUUUCCUGAUGUUGAUAAUAAGAAAUAUGAUAGACUACGUGAAACCGUAUUUGCAAGUGUAUGGCAACAGCGUAAAUACACUAACAUGAACUUGUUUUCUGCCAUCAUAUACGUUUUGGUAACCAAUGCAGUCGAUAGUGAUGCGUUGGUUUCAACAAAAUACUCCAUUCAUCCAGUGCUUCGUACAAAAAAAUGCAUGGGUAACGACAACAACAGCAGAAAUUGUUGUAUGAUUUUUAUCGAUGAACAUGGUCGUGUUUAUCAAAACUGGAAUCAUUAUUUGACACAGAAUAUGUUGCCAAGCGGCGUAAUGGUAGCACCUGCAAAAGGAAUAUACUCUUUCAAUAAUAACGAUGAAGUUAUACUUGAAAAACAUUACACUCCUCUUUCCGCCACAUCGUCAAAAUUGGCACGCGCUGCUGAUGUCGGCGCUACAUUAAUCGGAGUAGCUGCCGGUGUUCCGUUAGUGGCUUCAGCGGCAAUAACAGUGGCAGGGCCCUUACUUGUUGCAUCAACUGCUGCUACUAUAGCAACUGCAGCUUAUAGCUCGUUGCGCUCUCUAAUGUCAUUAAGAGAUCGCAGUUACCAUGAACAAUCUAUCGCAGUCACGGAUCGAGAUGCACGAAAGGAAUGGCUGGGGGUAGCUGUUGGAGCAGUUGGAAUAGGCGCGACUUGUUCAACACAAGUGUUAAGAUUAGCAUCUGUUAAAAAGAAUGUGAAUGUUGCAAAAACUAUUGUAAAUGGGAUCAAUAUGACAUCGGUCGUAGUAUCAGGAACUGGAGCCGUAUGCGGAGUAUUUGAUAUUUUUACGAAAAUAAACGAUAAUGAAGAAAUAACUUCUUUGGACCUACUUAAUUUGAGCUCAUCUUUACUUAUAUUUACUCAUUCAGUUAAUAAUUUCAAACUUGUGUCCAAAAUAUCCACAGGGACAAGAUCAACCAUACGCAGAUCCAUAACUAAACAAUUAAGGCGAAAUUACCAGCACAUAUCAAAUGGACGCAAUACUCGUUUGGAUAUCUUACGAAUAGCUAAUGAAAUACCCGAAAGGGCUAUACUUUUAAAUUUACAUGAAUUAUUCCCAAAUCUUUCACUUCGAUCAGCGAUUAGCACUGCUGGUGCAAUGCUAUUGCAUCGUUUGAAUGCAGACGCAAAAGAAUUAAAUCUUUUGUUGAUGGCAGAGGAAUUUGGUAACAAUUUUGUGCAACAUAUACAUAGUUUCCUUAGUUUCGUAGAUAUUCUAAAUGCUAUAGGACAGUACUUUUGUGCACGCACUUGUCAGUUUCUAAUGAAUCUGGCUAAAACAUUUAUUGAUGAACUUUCCAACAAUAUACAAAUUAUUCUAAACACCGUUAUAUCAACAGAGCAUAUUCUUUACAAAAUAGUAAUUCAUUGCAUCACCAACUUCCGUAAUAUCUCAUAUGAGUUUCUGGAAAAAAGAACGGCUGAAAUAUUAAACUAUAUUGAAAAUUAUUUCCGUUCGUACAAUCCUGUUCAUUUUAACGGUGCACGGCUCAAAUGUAAGCAAUGCACCGGACAUUAUUAUAUUACCAAAUAA